AUGACAUUACAUACAAUUAUUAUUGAUAAAAAGUUGAAGCCUGUUGAAACAACUUUCGAACGCAUUCAAUCGAAUGAAACAGUGGAAAAUAGUUGGUGGUAUUUUGCACCAAACAAUUUCUUCGAUGAAGAACGGUAUGGAUUUAAUGAUACAACUUCAAUGUACACAAUUAUCAAUGGAUGUUAUACCAAUCCGUCAUCGAAUGCGAUCCUCGAUAUGUUUCUCUGGGCAUAUUAUCGACAUUAUGACGUUUUUUUAUCACUGGAUGAUAUGUGAGUAUUAGAAAGCAAAUUUUCAACAACGAACAAAGUGGAAUCAAUUCUUUCCACGACAUGUAUUAUGUUUAUUUUCAAUUCAUAUUUUGAUUAUGAUCUUCGAUAUGAGUCGUGUGGAAUUCGUCAAGUAUAUUUUAUGGGUACACCGGAUGAUUGGAUAUCUCGUCGUGAUAAGACACAACAGUUGAAAGCAUUUAGUAAUGAUAGAUUUCAUGGACAUGUCGAUGGAAUAUUACCGAUCUUUGAUCAAUUUAUUGAAACUUAA